AUGAGUUCAUUAGCUCCAUCCGUUUUGACAUUAACUCUUGGCAUGUUUUUUAUUCUCAUGGGUCAAUUCAAAGUUACACCUAGGUACUUUCCAGAUGUUUAUGAAGAUAUGAAACAAGAAUUCGGUCGCAAUAAUAAAGUCUUUCCGUUUUAUCAACUCACCGGUUGGCGCCCGUAUGCGAAAAAUUAUCGUUUAACUGUGGGAAUUGUGGAGAUUGUGUGCGGAAUUACUCUCGUUCUUGUACCUGGUCGGCUGAAGCAACUCGCAAAUAUUGUUCUUUUAAUUUUGAUGUUGGGCGCAAUCUACACUCACUAUGCAUUAAAUGAUAAAUUUGAUCGUAUGGCACCUGGAAUAAUCUGCAGUCUACUUCUAUUUACUCGUCUUCUUAUCUUGCGACAUUCCGGACAUUCUAAUCUAAUUAAAAUAGAUAAAAGCAUUGAAGAUCAACAAGAACUGUCUGAUAGAAAGAAAAACAAUUGA